AUGAGGCUGUUCCUGCAUUACCUAAUAAUAUUGGGGUCCAGUUAUGUGACUUCAACAUAUGGGCCCAACCAGAGAGCACAGAUGACUGGAGACAUUUUACUUGGAGGUCUUUUCCCCAUACACUUUGGUGUUGCAUCCAAAGACCAAGACCUGGCAGCUCGACCCGAAUCUACACUAUGUGUUAGGUUUAAUUUCCGGGGUUUCCGCUGGCUGCAGGCCAUGGUUUUUGCCAUUGAGGAGAUUAACAACAGCAGCAAUUUAUUACCCAACAUCACCCUGGGCUACAGGAUAUUUGACACAUGCAACACCGUGUCAAAAGCCUUGGAAGCUACCCUCAGUUUUGUGGCUCAAAACAAGAUUGACUCCCUGAAUUUAGAUGAGUUUUGCAACUGCACUGAUCACAUCCCAUCAACCAUUGCAGUUGUAGGGGCUGCUGGAUCUGCGGUCUCCACUGCAGUUGCAAACCUACUUGGUCUCUUCUAUAUCCCUCAGAUCAGCUAUGCCUCUUCUAGUCGUCUCCUGAGCAACAAGAACCAGUACAAGUCUUUCAUGAGAACCAUUCCAACAGAUGAAUACCAGGCCACAGGCAUGGCAGACAUUAUAGAGUACUUCCAGUGGAACUGGGUGAUUGCUGUUGCUUCGGAUGAUGACUAUGGGCGGCCAGGAAUUGAAAAGUUUGAAAAGGAAAUGGAAGAGCGAGACAUCUGCAUUCACUUGAAUGAACUUAUUUCACAGUACUUUGAGGAUCAUGAAAUCCGUGCUCUGGCCGACAGGAUUGAAAACUCCACGGCCAAAGUAAUUGUUGUUUUUGCUGGUGGCCCAGACAUUGAGCCUCUGAUCAAAGAAAUGGUCAGGAGAAACAUCACAGAUCGCACCUGGCUAGCUAGUGAAGCAUGGGCAAGCUCCUCUCUUGUUGCUAAGCCCGAAUAUUUAGAUGUUGUUGGAGGAACUAUUGGUUUUGCAUUAAAAGCAGGUCAUAUACCCGGCUUUAGAGAGUUCCUACAGCAGGUCCAGCCAAAGAAAGACAGCCAUAAUGAAUUUGUCAGAGAGUUUUGGGAAGAAACCUUCAACUGUUACCUGAAAGACAGCCCAAGACUUCAAGAAAGUGAUAAUGGCAGCACUAGUUUCAGGCCAUUGUGUACUGGGGAAGAAGAUAUUACAAGUGUUGAGACACCGUACUUGGACUACACACACCUUCGUAUUUCCUAUAAUGCAUAUGUAGCAGUUUAUUCUAUUGCACAGGCCCUGCAGGACAUAUUUACUUGCACACCUGGACAUGGACUAUUUGCUAACAAUUCCUGUGCAGAUAUCAAGAAAAUUGAAGCAUGGCAGGUACUGAAGCAGCUCAGACAUUUGAACUACACUAACAGCAUGGGUGAAAAAAUGCACUUUGAUGAAAAUGCAGACUUGGUAGCAAACUAUACCAUUAUAAACUGGCAGAGAUCUACUGAAGACGGUUCUGUGAUCUUUGAGGAAGUUGGAUACUACAAUAUUCAUGCGAAGAGAGGAGCCAAACUGUCCGUUGACAAGACAAAGAUUCUGUGGAAUGGAUACAGUAGAGAGGUGCCGUUCUCCAACUGCAGUGAGGACUGUGAACCUGGCACAAGAAAAGGAAUCAUUGACAGCAUGCCUACAUGCUGCUUUGAAUGCACUGAGUGUUCAGAUGGAGAGUACAGUAAUCACAGAGAUGCCAGCGUCUGCACCAAGUGCCCAAACAAUUCCUGGUCCAAUGAGAACCAUACAUUCUGUUUCCUGAAAGAAAUAGAGUUUCUCUCUUGGACAGAACCUUUUGGGAUAGCUUUAGCCAUAUGUGCUGUUGUUGGCGUCGUCUUGACAGCCUUUGUGAUGGGAGUCUUUGUCAGAUUUCGUAAUACCCCAAUAGUGAAGGCCACUAACCGCGAACUGUCCUAUGUCCUCCUGUUCUCGCUUAUCUGCUGCUUCUCCAGUUCUUUAAUUUUCAUCGGAGAACCACAGGACUGGACAUGUCGCUUACGGCAGCCCGCCUUUGGGAUUAGCUUUGUUCUCUGCAUCUCCUGCAUCCUUGUGAAAACAAACAGAGUGCUUUUGGUAUUUGAGGCAAAAAUCCCUACAAGUCUCCAUCGUAAAUGGUGGGGAUUGAAUCUGCAGUUUCUUCUGGUGUUUCUAUUCACAUUUGUCCAGGUCAUGAUAUGUGUGGUUUGGCUUUACAAUGCCCCUCCUUCAAGCUACAGGAACCAUGACAUCGAUGAGAUCAUUUUCAUCACAUGCAAUGAAGGUUCAGUGAUGGGUCUUGGGUUUCUCAUUGGCUAUACAUGCCUCCUUGCAGCCAUUUGUUUCUUUUUUGCAUUUAAAUCCAGAAAGCUUCCAGAAAACUUCACAGAAGCCAAGUUCAUCACCUUUAGCAUGCUCAUAUUCUUCAUUGUUUGGAUCUCUUUUAUCCCUGCCUACUUCAGUACCUAUGGCAAAUUUGUAUCAGCUGUGGAGGUUAUUGCUAUUCUGGCAUCCAGCUUUGGACUGCUGGCUUGCAUUUUCUUUAACAAGGUGUACAUCAUCCUUUUCAAACCAUCUAGGAACACCAUCGAGGAGGUACGAUGCAGCACCGCUGCACAUGCUUUCAAAGUGGCUGCCAAAGCUACGCUAAAACACAACACAGCUUCAAGAAAAAAGUCAGGCAGCAUUGGUGGGUCAUCUGCCUCAACUCCAUCCUCAUCCAUAAGCCUCAAGACCAAUGGAAACAACUGUGAUGAAACUUCAGGGAAGCACAGGCCAAGGGUGAGCUUCGGCAGUGGAACAGUUACUCUGUCGUUGAGCUUUGAGGAGUCAAGAAGGAGUUCUCUAAUGUAAUCGAGAACUUACAAGCAUUUAUAACCUGACCCUUGUCAAUGUCAAUAAAUAAGACAAUGGGUUAUUCAUACAAAUGCUAACACUGAUGAUUUAUGCAACUUAUAGAUGAGAGGAUGAUUGUUUGUUUUGGGAAAACUUAAGUGCAUCCCACAAUAAGCAUAAGAGUGGAAUUUUCAGUUUUUUGUUCAGCUGAUAAGGAUCAGAAGCAUGCACAGAGAUGGCAACAGUGGGUUCUCAAGAAUAAUCCAUGAAGUCCACAUAAUAACUGAUGUAAAACCUGGAGCUAUAUGAGUCAGGUGUACACUGAACAAAGUGAACUCAAUGAUGGAUGAUUUACAGUGGUACCUCAAAGAUUCACUGCAGAACCACUUAACUAAUUUUUACCUGAAUCACACAGCUUCUUAAAACCCUGUUAAUCAGCCAAAAUAUAAGAUGUAUGUGGGAUUAAAUAAUAAAAAAAGACUUUUA